GGCGACGCUCGCAAGCGCACACGCGCCCGGCUCGUUUGAAUGGUCGUUGCGUCUAGCUCUGCACACGACGACCGAGUGACUGGGGAUAUAAAAGCCGUGCCUCCUCGCCACGUACAUCUCAACAACCGAAGUUUUCGACAAACAACAAAUCCAGUGACAGCUACUAGCUUCUCUUCUACUCACUUCAGCACCGAGAAAAAGAACCGAAAUGGCCGAUAAGGGACCCUGCAAAGUUGCUGGUUGCAAGUGCGGAGCCGACUGUAAGUGCGGGGAUUCGUGCAAGUGCGGACCAAAGUGCACCAAAUGUGGUUCAAAAGACGGCCAGUGUGGCCCA